GUUUGCUAGUUAGUUGUUGGCUUGAAGAGAGGAUAAGAGAGAAAAUCGAGAAAAGUUUCAUUUACAAAACUGAGAUGGCUCGAAUCGCGCUGACGUUGUUAGCAAUAUUCCUAGUGCUGAAUAAAUUCAACUUUUCGGAAACUCGAAGUGUCGAAGUGAGAGACGAAGAGAAAGAGAGGGAGAAACGUGAAGCUCCCGAAAUCCCCAAAUCAGUAGAGGCUCAUUCCAGAGAAAAGCGUGCCUGGGGUAACGCCCUAAAAUAUGCAGCGGUGGGAUCCUUCCUAGGAAGCACAGGCGUCACCAUCCAUACAGAAAUCACAAAAUGCAACACUUAUGAACCAAGUAGUUGCAAAACACUACAUUGCCGCUAUGUGACCUGCCCAAAUGUCUGUACCACACCCGAUGUAAAUGAUAACUAUAUGCAAACAGAGAAAGAAAAUAUGAGGGCAAAGUUGGAUACCAUGGAUCAAUUAGCAUCUGAUACGUACCAACUGGCGACAGAUGGAAUCAGCGCAAAUAUUGAUCUCAAGAGAAUAUUUACAGCUAUUGAAAAUAUCAAUGGGAAGGUUGAGCGUUUUAUGUUUCAAAUGAUUGAGAGGGAUAGAAACCUUACCAAUAAAUUCUUAAGCAAAACUAAUGAAAUCCAGUCUCUCUUGCGAAAUUAUCGAUUCACUCUUAAUGAUGUAAUUGGAAGAGGGGCAGUGGAAGGCAUGUUCGAUAAAUGGACAUGGGAAGACGAUGGUCUGCUAGCGUUGAGCAUUGCAUUGCCAUUGGGAACACAAAUGAUAAAAAUGAUGAAGGAACGAAUCGCUAUCAACAAGAUGUACAAGCACAUGCGGGCUGAUGUCAUAAAUAAAGCAAAACAGUCUUUUAAGGGCAGUACUAACACGAGAGCUAUGAAACUGGACGCGUUUGUGAGCAGUAUUCAAAACCCACUGGUCGAUAAACAAAUUCGACAAAGCGCAAAGAUGGAGUACAAGGCUCAGCUUGCACAAAAGAAACCUAGCAAAUGGGGAGUUGCCAUAAACGGAAUUGUUAACGGUGCGAUAACAGCACUGAGCAUAUACAGUUCAUGGAAGCAAAUAGACGCCUGUAAAUCACUAGCAAACGGAAUGCAGGAUAAAGCGUACAAACUAGCGCUACAGAGUGACAAAAUCGAGAAAACAAGAGUUACUGAAAUUGUACCAAUUGCAAGACAAGUUAAAGUUGAGGUUUGGGAUAAAGUAAAAGAGAUUCUCGCGAGUGAAAAUACUACAGAUUGGUUGAAAGAAAUCAAGAAUCUCACUCUUAAUGCUGAAAAUGCGAACACCGCGACGGCGAAUACUAUCCAGCAUUUCAUCGACAACAUUGCCGCGGCUGGCGUGAAAAAGACAUUGCAGCUUGAAAAAUCGCUCGUAUACGCUUUGAAAAGUGUUGGAUAUAAAUAUGACUGUCUGGGAGACAAACUCCACGCUAUAAACAUUGUAUUAAAAGACUGCCAAACGGGUAGAGACAAGUUUGAACGCUUGUUCUACGAGGUGGCGGUGAAGAAGAACGAGCUGAACCGAAGGGAUUGUGUGAACGAUCAACAAGUACCCUACACGUCCAUGAAAGAAUUCAGGAAAAUCCUCACAAAGUUUGCAGAACACGAGGGAUGGAACGAAAACUGUCUCUUAAACAGUCCUGACCUUUUGUAUCGUGUUUGUAAUGAGUUUUAUCAAGGUUACACGGACCAUAAUACCAUCGUUUCGCAACUCCUAAAUUAUACACAGGAACUUACAACUGCUAUGGUCGCCGACUUCCUGACAAGAUGUCCUGAUCCAAAGAUCACUCCCAAGUCCAUAAGAACGUCGUGUACUCUGUACUGUUCCUUUGAAACUAUUCCAGAAAUUGCCCCACAUGCCAUCUUGAAGGAAAGCCAGGUAGAAAUGGUAAUCCAGGCUCAUUGUCCGAUAUGCGAUGUCAGGGCCAAAGACGUGAGAAAGAUUUGUCAUCAACACUACUGUAAAUCUACGAACAUAACAAAAAUAGUAAACGAUGUUGAGAUACCACUACCUACGGUGCAGUUUGUCAUUGCGAACAACUGUUCGUCAAAAUGCAUCAUUUACGACGUGGACGUGAAAGAGAAGAUUUGUGAAGAGAGUGAAUGCAAAGGAUUAACUUCGAGUGCCAUCGCUGAGAAAGUGAAGUACCCAAAACAAGCUGUUGAUGACGUAAUACCGAAUUGCCGCACCAUUCUCCCCACCUGUCCCCCUCUCAGUCCUAAGACGAAAAACCUCAUUUGUUUCCUUCACUGCGUCUACAACACGAACGCUAAAAUCGCAGAGAGGGUUACCUUGAAAGAAAGUCGAGUGGCAGAAACAGUGGCAGAAUGUGGGAUUUGCGAAGUUUCCAGCAAAAAUGUGAAGAAGAUUUGUCACCUGCAUUAUUGUAAAUCAGCGAAAAUCCAGGAUAUCAUGGACGAUGUUGAAAAGCCACUGAAGACUGUACGCUACGUAAUUGCAAACAGUUGCUCGUCAAAAUGCAUCAUCGAGGACCAGGGUGUGAAAAAGAAGAUUUGUGAGGACAAUAAAUGCAAAAAUAUAGCAGCGAGCACCAUUGCCGCUGGCAUCUCGUUUCCAGUGCAAGCAGUCAAUGACGUCAUCUCUAAUUGCAACACCAUUCUACCAAAAUGCCCAGGGAUUGACGAGAUAACGAGGGGGAAAAUUAAAACGUUUGUCUGCGACUUCGGACUUUCAGCUGCUAAAAUUGCAUUUUUUCUCAACCUCUCUGUGGCCGAAGUUCAGGCGGUUAUCGACGAAUUAAGUUGUUGAAAAAUACCACGAAUGGAACCAGACUUCGGGACUCGCGUAUAGCAUCAAUGAACUAUACGUUUUACAGAGCAUUUCGCUGUAUUUAUUUGCUUUACAACUAUUUACUGUAUUCACUUA